AUGAGAGAUGCAUGUGUACCUCAAGAGGAGGUUAAUGAACUUGCAAAGGCCUUAAAGAAAGUCACCAAUGAAAAAGUUGAUGUUGAUGAUGUAAAAUCUAUCCUGAAAGGACUAGGGAUUUAUUUCCCAGAGGAAGAAUUACAGGAGGUGCUUACAUCAAUUCCUCUUGAUAACGAGAGGAAAGUGAACUUAAAAGAUUGCCUGACUCAGUUAAUGAAAAUGCCAUAUUUUACAGAAGUACCAAAAAAAAAAGACCUCUUGAAAGCUCUGACUGCCAUUAGGAAAAAUGAGGUCACUCCUGAUGACAUAGGCUCCAUGAUGCAAAAUAUAGGAGUUCCAUUACCCCAAGACAUGAUUCAGAGAUCCCUGAAGAAUGUGGCUAUCACGGAGGAUGGGAAAGUGAAUUUAGAAGAGUUUAUCGGCAAUUUAGUCAAUUUGGGAUUUUCAUCUCUACCUGAAAGCAGUGAGGUUGAUGACAGCAACCUAGACACUUUUUUAGGAAACGUGAAGAUGGAGAUGUCAGCUGAUAAAAAAGUGAACAAGAAGAAUGGGAUAAAAGAUAGGAGGUCAUCUAUUGCUAAAGGGAAGGCUGAUCUAAAAACAUUGGCGGAUUCAGUAAAAGUUACAGGGGGAGAAGUUGACCUCAAUGACCUGGAUAAUGUCUUGCAAAAUAUGGGGAUAGAGUCCUCACCAGAACACUUGGAGAUAGAGAAGUUACUUCCAAUUAAUGGUGGGAAGGUUAAUGUGAAUAAUUUGGACAGCAUUCUGGGGGAAAUGAGGAUUAAGCUUCCAGAAAAGGAACAGAAAAAACUGACAGAAAACCUGCUACUUAAUGGAGAGAUUAUUGAUGUCGAUAAAGUUGAUACUCCUUUGCAAAAUAUGAGGAUGAACCUUUCAGAAGAGGAAAUUGAUGAGCUGACACAUGAUCUACCCGUUGGUGCUAAUGGGAAGGUUGAGUUCAGCACAUGGAUGGAUACAGUGACCACUGUUACAGCUGUUGGAAAGGUGUACCAAAAUAGGUUGAUAGAUGGUGUGAAGAGCCUUAAAGGUGGGAUUGUUGAUGUUGCUAAACUAGACACUGCUUUGCAAAACAUGGGAAUGAAUCUCACAGGAAUAGAGUGUAGCGACUUGAUAAAGAACCUACCUGUUGAUGGAAAAAAGACUGAUGCCAAUGAUCUGCUAAACAAUCUCGGAGCCGUGGGGAUCGAGCUCCCUGAAAAGGAAAUAGUGAGGCUGCCACAAACAGUCCCCAUAGAUGGAGGAAUGGUUAAAGUCAAUAACCUAGACAAUGUUCUGGAAAAUCUGGGAAUUGAACUCAAUGAAAAGGAACGUGAAGCUCUGGCAGAAAAUCUGCCACUUGGUGCUAAUGGGAAGAUUGAGCUCAAAAACCUAAUGGAAGCAGUGGAAGCUAUUACAGGGGGAGAAGUUGAUAUCAGUGAGGUAGGAGAUGUUCUGGAAAACAUGGGAGUAACUGUCACGGAUAAGGAAUGGGUAGAGCUGAUAAAAAAUCUGCCAGUUAAUGCUUCUGGAAAGGUCUAUCAAAAUAGAUUGUUGGAUGGUCUGAAGUCUUUCAAAGGAGGGAAGGUUGAAAGAAGUAAAGUCAAUACUGUUCUAGAAAACAUGGGAAUCCAACUCACAGGAGAGGAACUUCAAAGUCUAACAGAUAACCUACCAGUUAAUGAUAAUGGGAAGAUUGAUCUUGAUAAAUUGAUGGAUGGAGUGAAAACUCUUACAGGAGGGGAUAUCGAUGUCGGUGAUGUGGGAAAUGUUCUAGGAAACAUGGGGAUAGAGCUCACAAAAAAGGAGUGGCUGAAGCUGCUGAAAAAUCUACCAAUAAAUGAAGACGGAAAGAUCUAUCAAAAUAGGUUGAUGGAUGGUGUGAAAUCUCUCAGAGGAGGAAUGGUUGACGUCAACAAGCUGGAUACAUUGCUGAGAAAUAUGGGCAUGAGCCUCACAGAAGAGCGACUUAAAGAUCUGACACAGAAUCUGCCAGUGAAUGCUGAUGGAAAAGUUGUUAUGAAACAGGUAAUGGAUGCAGUGAAAGCUUUCACAGGUGAAAAGAUUGAUGUCGAUAACCUGGAAAAUUUACUGAGAGAUAAGGGGAUUGAACUCACUGAUACGGAAUAUACAAAGCUGGUGACAUCACUGCCAGUUAGUGCUAAUGGAAAAGUUGAUCUGAAAAAAGUGAUGGAUGGAGUGAAAGCUGUCAAAAAUGAUGACAAGAUCUUUCAAAACAAGUUGCUAGAAGUUGUGAAGUCUCUAAAAGGCGGGAAAGUCAAUAUCAAUGACUUGAACACAAUACUGGAUAAUAUGGGAAUCAAGAUCUCAGAUAAGGAACUUAAGCCUCUGACUCAAAAUCUCCCUGGUGAUGAUGAGAAGAUUGAUACUAACGGCCUGAAAAUUUUCCUGGGAAGCAAGGGGAUUGAGCUCACAGAUCAGGAAAAAGAAGAGCUACUGAAAACAUUGCCAAUUGAUGGGGGAAAAGUUCAUGCAAAUAACCUGGACAAUGCUCUUAAAAAAUUGGAACUUGAGCUCACGGAAAAGGAACUUGCAAAGCUGUCAAGAAAUCUACAAGUUGAUGCUAAUGGGAUGGUUGGUCUGAAAGAGGUGAUGAAUGAAGUAAAAGCUACUACAGGUGGGGAGGUUGAUGUCAAUGAUGUGAAAACUAUUCUGAAAAACAUGGGAAUAGAGUUCACAGAUAAGGAACGUUUGAAGCUGCUGAAAAAUCUGUCUUUCAACGAUGAUAACAAGGUCUUUAAGAACAGGUUGCUAGAUGGUGUGAAGUCCCUUAAAGCUGGGGAGGUUGAUAUGAACAACCUGGACACCGUUCUGAACAACCUGGGGAUCAAGCUUGCAGAUACGGAACUUAAAGAUCUGCCUGAAAACAUGCAUGUUGGUGUUGAUGAGAAAAUUCCAUUAGAAACACUGAUGGAAAACAUCACAGAUUUUAGAGGUGAGAAGAUUGAGUCUAGUGAUCUAAAAAAUGUUCUGGAAAAUCUUGGAAUAGAGCUCAGAGAUGAGGAGCUAGAGAAGCUGCUGAACAUACUGCCAGUUGAUGAUGGGAAGGUUAAAAAGAAUAACCUCCAUACUAGUUUGGGAAAUAUGGGAAUGGGGCUCACGGAAGAGGAACUUGUUGAAUUGUCAGAACACCUACAAGUUGAUGCAAAUGGGAAUGUUGAUCUGCAUAAUGUGAUGGAAGGAAUCAAAGCUAUUACAGGGAAGGUUGACAUCAAAAACCUGGAAACCGUUCUAAGCAACAUGGGAAUCAAGCCCCCAGACCAGGAACUUGAGGAUCUGAAAGAAAACCUACCAAUCAGUGCCCAUGGAAAGGUGUUCCAAAAGAGGUUGCUGAAGGAUGUGAUGUAUAGUAAAAGAGGGAAGGUUGAUGUAAAUAACCUGGAUCCUGUCUUAGAAGCCAUGGGGGUGAAGCUUACAGAAAAGGAACUCGAUCUGUUAAAGCACCUUCUGAGUGCCUCUAAGAAAGUCGAUCUGAAAAAACUAAUGGAUAAGGUAGAAGCUGUUACAGGAGAGAAAAUUGAUGUCAAUGACAUGAAAACAGUUCUAGGAAACAUGGGAAUAGAACUCACAGAUAAAGAACUCUCACACCUGGUGAAAAAUCUACCAGUUGAUAAUGGAAAAGUCUAUCAAAGAAGGCUGCUGGAUGGUAUAAAGUUUCUUAAAGGAGGGAAGAUUGAUUCCAGUAAAGUGGAUGAAGUUUUGGGAAACAUGGGCAUGGUCCUCACUGAAAAGGAGCUUAAAGAUGUAAUGCAAAAUCUGCCAGUUAAUGGUAAAGGUAAAGUUGAUCUGGAAAAACUGAUGAAUGAAGUGAAAUAUUUUUCGGGAGACAAAGUUGAUGCCAAUAGACUUGAAAGUGUAUUUAAAAAUUUGGGACUUGAGCUCACACCUAAUGAACAUUUGAACUUUCUGAAGACACUGCCACUUGAUGCUGAUGGAAAAGUGUACAAGAAAAGGUUGAUGAAGGGCAUAAAGUCUCUCAAACGAGGCAAUGUUGAUGUCAAUAAGCUGGACACUCUUUUAGAAAACAUGGGAAUCAGCAUCACAGAAGAAGAAUUCAUGGAUCUGAUAGAAAGAUUGCCAGAUGAUGAUAAAGGGAAGGUCCAACUAAAUACGUUGAUGGAAGAAUUGAGUUCUGUUUUAGGAAAGCAAAUUGAUGUCAGUGACAUAGACAGUGCUCUGAAAGACAUGAACGUUGAGGUCACAGAUAAGGAAUACUUUAAUUUAGUAAAAAAUCUACCAGUUGAUGCUGAAGGAAAGGUGUAUCAAAAAAGGUUGCAGGAUGGUGUGAAGGCUCUUAAAAGAGGAAAGGUGGCUAUGAAUAAACUGGUCCCAUUUCUGGGAAAUAUGGGGAUUAAGCUAUCACACGAAGAACUUGAAGAUUUUUCACAAAACCUACCAGUUGAUGGUAAUGGGAAGGUUGAUCUGAAAAAUGUGACAAUGGAAAUGAAAGAUUUUACAGGAGAAAAGAUUGAUGUCAGAGAUCUGAAAAACAUUCUUGGAGUCAUGGGGAUAGAAGUCAAUGAUAAGGAAUGUCUGGAACUACAAAAAUUACUACCCACUGAUGAUGAUAAGAGAGUUUUUCAGAAUAGAUUGCUGUCAGCUUUGAAGUCUUUCAAAGGAGGAAAGAUUGAUGCCAAUAACCUGAACACAGUUCUCAGGAACAUGGGGAUCAAGCUCAAAAAUAAGGAAUUUAAAAAUGUUAUACAAAAUCAACCUAUUGACGCUGAUGGAAAUGUUUCUCUGAAAAAAGUAAUGAAUGAUGUGAAAGCAGUUACAGGAGAAAAAGUUAAUGUCAAAGAUCUGAAAAAUAUUCUAAAAGACAUUGGGAUAGAAUUCACACCUAAAGAAUACCUGGAACUGGUGAAAAAUCUUCAAGUUGAUGAUGAUGGAAACAUAUAUGAAAACAGAUUGCUAGAUUGCUUGAGAUCUUUCAACGGCGGGAAGGUUGAUGUCAGUAACCUAGGAAACGUUUUGGAAAACAUGAAAAUCAAGUUCCCAGAUAAGAAACUUAAAGACUUAUCACAAAACCUACCAACUGAUGCUUCUGGGAUGGCUGAUCUGCAUGAACUGCUAAAAGAAAUAAAGAAAUUCACAGGAGGAAAAGUUGAAGCCAAGGAUAUACACAAAGUACUGGGAGACAUGGGAAUAGAGCUCACAGAUAGAGAGCUCAGGGGGCUGUUGAAAACAUUGCCUAUUACUGCUGAUGGGAAGGUAGAGAAAAAUACAUUACUCGAUCAUAUACAAGCUUUUCCUGGUGGAAAGUAUCGCGCCUCUAAAAUGCAAGGCAUCCUGGAAAACUUGGGCUAUGAGCUGGACGAUGAGGAAGUUGAGGACCUGCAGAAUCGUCUGCCACAUGAUGGUAAGCUUUUGGUUCCACCUUUAGGGAAAGUGAGCUCCUCUAAUAAAACCUCCAAAUGUAUUCAUAUGGGAAAAAAUCGCCCAGAGUGUGCUCUGAGGGCGCUGCCUGUUUACUCUCACCACCGCACUCGCUCACAAGGAGCUUGCUGCAGAGUUGGGAGGAGGUACGGGCUUAGCACUCAGGGUGUUGGAGGUGUCCACACAGGCCAGACGUGGGGUUCCUCCAGUGAGGUUCUCGCAGCAGCUCAUGGACAGGCUCCUCUACUGAGUCUGAAGGCAGUCAGCAGCAACCACACCCGUCGAAUGCUCUUUAAUAUUAUCUGCCUAUUCCUGAUCUUCCUUUCUCCAGUCAUGGAGGCCCCACCUCAACACUUGGGGUGCUGCAGGGGAGAAACUGGCUUCUCUAGCAGCGUUCCACACAGCUGGGGUAGCUGGACGGCCACUCGCAGCUCUCCCAUCCCUCUCGGGAGAGAUUGCCACCAGCUAGUGUAG